AUGGCCUCCACCAUAGUUGCUUCCACGCUCCGCGCUUUGACAUACUCGCGGGGUGACAUCUGCGACCGCACUAUCAACACUGAAUAUCUUCAGAAUGACUGCCCUCUCGAUCAGACAUCAGCAAAUGCACACUUGGCUUGCCGUAUACAGCCCGCAACUGCCUCUCUCGGACGUCUCGAUAUUCUGCCCGUAGAGACCAUACAAAUCAUCUUCUCAAAUACCGAUCUCAGCACCUUGACACUUCUACGUUCUGUCAGCAGACGCGCGAGCUGCCUGGUCGACUCCGUACCUGCCUACAAAAAGGCCGUCACUCACUCUCCCAAUGCCCUACGUGCUCUGAUCAGUACCCACACAGCACAAUACUUUACGGCCAACGAUGUGUUUGACGCCCUCCUCGCCCAUGAGUGCUUCCUCUGUGGCCGCUUCGGUGCCUUCUUGUAUCUUUUAGAAUGCCGCCGCUGCUGCUGGGAUUGUCUCAUCAGUGUUGAGGAUCUCCUACCUAUAUGCAAAGCGUCGGCACAAACCUUGUACCGCUUCGACGCACAGACAAUGGAUGAAAUGCCCACGGUGUUGACCAUCCCAGGCUCAUACGGUCUGAGACAUAAGCAAUCCACCCACAGACAACCAAAGGGCGAAAAGCGAGUCGCUAUGGUCGCCUAUGGAGCGGCCAGAAAAGCUGGCCUAAAUGUCCAAAUGGGAAAGAAGCUGACGGACCACUACGAAAAAGCGAAGCUAGAAACGAGAGUCGCACUCCGUGGCCCCGUGGCUCAGGAUCCCAUGCGAGACAUGGACUGUAUGAACUACGACCACGCUGGAUACAAGGCUGGCUUCGGGCUCGAGCCUCAACGCUUCAUGGCAGCGGUUCGCUUUCCCACCCUGAUCACCGGGACCGAUAAGAUUGAGUGGGGAUUUUCUUGCCUCGGGUGCUUGGAACGAGCUGAAUACGGAGACGAAGAAAGAUUCUGGAACGAACAGUACACGACUGAGGGUAUGGUGAGACACUUGGACAAAUGUCAAAGGGCGGGACAGUCGUGGAUCAAUGAUCGUGUAACGGAGGUGCAUGGGCGCUGA